GCCAGUUCGUGGUGUGUACAUAGAGUGUUACGGUAACUGCCACAGCCGUUUUUAGUUUUCGUGUGUGUGUUUAGUAUUAGUUUUCCGAUUUUCGAAUGUAUGGUUUUCCGUUCUGGUGAUUUUGCGGCUGUGAUCGUCUACUUCUACCUACGUUCGCCCUUUUUUAUUUAUUCGUUGAAAUGGCUUUCGUUCUGGACUUGGUACACAACAUUAACUCAUAUUUAAACAAAUAUCAAGAUCCACGCACAGCAGACUGGCUAUUUAUGUCAAGUCCUUUCUACACAUUAGGAAUAUGUUUAUCUUAUGUAUUUAUUGUAAAGGUAGCGGGACCGAAACUGAUGGAAAAUAGGAAACCCUUCCAUUUAAAGAAAACCUUAGUAUUUUACAAUUUUUUACAAGUUUUAUUUAGUGUAUGGUUGUGGUAUGAAAUCGGUAUGGGAGGUUGGCUAACAGGGGAGUACAGUUUACGAUGCCAACCCGUCGAUUAUUCCAAUAAACCUAGUACAUUAAGGAUGGUGCACGCUUCGUGGUGGUACUUUUUUUCCAAAUUUACUGAGUUCAUUGAUACUAUCUUUUUCGUCUUGCGAAAAAAAUACGAUCAAAUCAGUACGUUGCACGUGAUCCAUCAUGGCGUCAUGCCUAUGUCCGUCUGGUUCGGAGUCAAGUUUACACCAGGCGGCCAUAGCACUUUCUUCGGCUUCCUCAACACGUUCGUGCAUAUCAUCAUGUACUUCUAUUACAUGUUAAGUGCCCUUGGCCCCGAAUUCCAGAAGUACUUAUGGUGGAAGAAGUACCUGACGACCCUGCAGAUGGUCCAGUUCGUGGCGAUAAUGGUCCACGCCUUCCAGUUGCUCUUCACCGAAUGCAACUAUCCACGUGCCUUCGUCUGGUGGAUCGGGAUGCAUGCGGUUAUGUUCUUCUUCCUCUUCAAGGAGUUCUACAUCCAAACGUACAACAGGCGAGUGGCGGCGGCGGCGAGGAACGGUGCACUCAAGAACGGCGCCGUUCCCGCGCAGAACGGCGCCGCUCCGAUCCAGAACGGAGUAAAGUCAAGCAAAAUUAGUGAAUAUUACGUCAACGGAACGGACUUGCAUCAACGGAUAAAAUCGCAGUGAUAUAGUGGUAGCUUUAUUUAUUCAAUUGAGUCAUGAUCGAACUAUUUACUUAAUUUAAUUGUGUAGGAUAAUUAAUUCGGGUUCAUGACCAUAAGGCAAUUUGCUCAAUUUUUUAAGCACUUCUCCAUUCACGCGAAUAGUUAGGUAGACUAAUUAGGAUUGUACAAAUUUCAAGAAGUUUGUAGCCACUAACAAUACGUGCCUAUUUACAGGGUCUAGUGGGAUCGAAAUUUUGUUGAUUAGCUUUAUGGGCUAAUUUAUUCCAUUAUGAAUACGUGAAAUCCAAUUGCAAUAAGUAGAGUUUUUUGUUAGAUCUGUGUUCAUAUACAACUAAAAUAUUUUAGCAAUAAAAUAUGUUUUAUAUAUUUUAGGUGCUGUGUUUUGUAAAAGUUCGUUUGUUAUCAUUUUAUAUUGUAAAGAGGAAAAACACUCGAAUAUACUUACAUAGAUGGUCUUCUCAUAGAUGGGAUUUUAAAGGAUUGUUGAAAAUUGAAAUUAUGCAUUUUAUGUAGGUUAAAUCAGGUUAUUUGUUGUACCUAUGUAUUUUUUAUACUUACUUAUUGAAAUAAAAGUUGUCUAAAGUUU